UUAAGCAGUCUGACUGGUACUAUAUCUGUUUGAGCUCUCGGCUGACCAUGCAGCCAGAAUGACUUCUGUUACUUUGCACCAAUAAACCAGUGUUAAAUACAGUCUUAAGACGUUUUGGAAGGUGGUAUAGUUUUAGAAAUUAGUAUAAGACUUUAUCUUAGCCAGGCUGGAGCUCUCAGAUCCUAAAAACUGGUGGAGUGGUAGCAAGUCGAGGAGGCACAAGCAGCACUCCUCUCGAGGGGCUAAAAUGUCCCGAGAGAACCAGGAUGAUGGUGUGGACUACGCUGCCCCCUUACAGGACAUCUGUGAAAUGGAACAGUCUGACCAGGAGUGCUGUGAGCUGGUCACCAUCAACAUAUCAGGUCUGCGCUUCGAAACGCAACUUAAAACGCUUGCGAGGUACCCGAACACAUUGUUAGGAGACCCCAUUAAAAGGAUGAGGUUCUUUGACCCACUGAGGAAUGAGUUCUUCUUUGACAGAAACAGACCGAGCUUUGAUGCGAUCCUGUAUUAUUACCAGUCAGGUGGAAGGCUUCGAAGACCCAUCAAUGUGCCAGUUGACAUGUUCCUAGAUGAAAUCAAAUUUUACGAGAUUGGUGAUGAUGUCAUCAAACAUUUCCAAGAGGAUGAAGGUUUGCUGAAAGAAGACGAACAUCCCUUGCCAUCCAGUGAGUUUAAGCGUCAAAUCUGGCUGUUGUUUGAGCAUCCCGAUAGCUCGGGUGCAGCUCGAAUUAUCGCUAUCGUUUCAGUAAUGGUCAUCGUGAUAUCCAUUGUAAUCUUCUGCAUAGAAACUUUGCCAGAGUUUAGAGAAGAUGAUCGGGUGUUCAAUAAUCACCUUCCAGCAAACAGUACAACUUCUGUAAAAAGAUUGAGCACGUACACGGACCCAUUCUUCUUAUUGGAGACUAUAUGUAUUGUUUGGUUUUGCUUUGAGCUGUUUAUAAGGUUUCUUGCUUGCCCAAGCAAACCCACCUUCUUCAAGGACAUCAUGAACACCAUUGACAUUGUUGCCAUUAUGCCAUAUUUCAUUACCCUGGGUUUAGAACUUGGUGAGGUGGAGUCAAACCAACAACAGACCACAUCUCUCGCCAUACUGAGAGUCAUCCGCUUGGUGCGCGUCUUUAGGAUUUUUAAACUCUCAAGACACUCCAAGGGUCUGCAAAUUCUUGGUCAGACCCUACGAGCAAGUAUGCGAGAACUCGGACUACUGAUUUUUUUCCUCAUCAUCGGCAUUAUAUUGUUCUCCAGUGCGGUUUACUUCGCCGAAGUGGAUGACCCUGAAUCUUCUUUUACUAGUAUCCCUGAUGCAUUCUGGUGGGCAGUUGUUUCAAUGACUACUGUUGGAUACGGUGACAUGUACCCAGUCACAAUUGGGGGCAAAAUUGUUGGAUCAAUGUGUGCCAUAGCUGGAGUUCUUACCAUUGCCCUUCCUGUACCAGUAAUCGUGUCGAAUUUUAACUACUUCUAUCACCGAGAGCACAACGAGGAGGAUCAAGUGGAAUAUACACAUGUAACCUGUGACCGCCCAACGCCUAUGCAGUGUGACAGAAAUAAAAAUGACAGUAAAUCCUCUCUCAUGAUAUCAGAGCAUUCAAAUGAUGAUGCCUGUACUUUAUCAAGCAUAUUAAAUUUCGGGCCAUCAGAGGACUAUACGGGCAAACUCACAGAAGUAUAAAAAAAAAACACCUGUACCAAAACAUGCCUCCAUGAUGCAGCAGAAAUUUGAAGAAUUUUCUUCUCUAUAAAGAAGACAGAAGUUACUUUUACCUUUGAAAACACCAGGUGUCUCCAUUGUAAGUGUUUUUUUUUAAGUCAAAUGUAGGUUGAGUAUUGAAAGUGAACUUAAAAAUCAAGCAUAUUGGCCAGUUAACUUUUAAAACCUACAAAUUUCUAUGUAUAUUGUAAAUAUCUUGCAGUGAUUAUUUUGGCGAAAUUAAGUUAAUCAAUGAAGGAGGCUGAUAGCAUGAUGACAAAUGUUUCGUUAUUAGACUGACCAAUCAGAUAUUUAAGUCAAUGAAAAAACUGUGUAAACCAAUCAGCUUUCAACAUUAUGUUAGUUACUUUCAGACAUAAAGUGAUGAGAAACUUUCAAAUGUAGCCUUUUAGUCAUUUUAAAUGUAUUAAGCUAUCAUUUGUUUACAUAACAAAUAUAAUUGUCGGUUCAGCAAUCAAUGUUAGCCUAUAUAUAUUUAUAAUCCUCACUGGCAGAUUUGUGAUUUUUUUGUAAAAUAUUGUAAUAUAUUUGUAAUCUGAUUAUUUAUAAAUUAUUUAAGUUUUAUUUAAACUAUCACUGUCAUUGCCAUUAUGAAAUAUCGCUCUUAAAACAUCUCAAUGAUUUCUGCCUUGUGUGAGCUGCUUUUUUAAUAUAUUGCCUUUCCUCAGGAUAUUUUUUAAUGGUCUGACAUUAGAUAUUUGUCAACUUGUUUUGGCUUGUUAAACUGUUCACAUGACAGCAUGAGACCAAUUCAGUGAACAGAUUUUUUAACUUGUUGAUGAGAUUUACAUUGUUAACUUAUUUUUGAUAAAUAAAUGUGAUCACAUUCAUAAUC